GUGUUUACACACACAAGACUGUGCAUGCUAGUCUCUCAGAUAAGAGUCCAGUUAUUCUGCUGAUUUUGUCUUUGGUUUCGUGCCUUUUUCAUUAACUACAAUGAUCUCCCGACACAUUCUCAGCACCACAGCACUUCACGCUUUAGUUUUAUGUGCGGUGAUUGUAGUGUGCCAAUCCCAGUCACGACCUCCCCUCGACCCUGUGGACUGCUCCCUGUCUGAGUGGACACAAUGGACUCGCUGUGACCCAUGCCUGAAUAAGAGGUUCCGCUCUGCCACAGUGCAACAACCAUCUCAGUUUGGCGGAGAGCCAUGUCAUGAGCUCGGCCAUGAAGAAGAGUCCUGUACGCCGCCCUCACGCUACACAUGCCGCAGUUCAGUGCCACUCUGCCAAGGCUUCCAGUGUACCAAUUCAGGUCGUUGUGUGCCAGAGGGACUGCGCUGUAAUGGGGAUGAUGAUUGCGGUGAUGGGUCUGAUGAGCUCAACUGUAAAAAAGUGUUCAGAGCUUGCAAGGAGCCAACAGAAGAGUAUUUUGGUGUAGAGAACCUCAGUAAAGGGAUUAAUGAACUAAACAGCAACUUUGGAGGUUUGGUGCUAGACAAUCGCUACUAUGCCGGUGGCUGUUUGCCCCAUUUUAUCCAGGAUGUGCGCUUCAGAAAACCGUACAACAUCCAGCAAUACACUUUGGAGACAAAAGGCUCCUAUGAUUACAAGCAGGAAUUUUAUGACUCGUACAGAGAGUUUUCGGAACAUACCAUGAAGGCCUCCAAGUCCAGGACCACUGUUUCCUUUGCCUUUAGUAUUCCUGGAAUAUUUGAUAUUGGAUAUAACCUUGAUGUAAGCGAUUACAAGAAAUCUGUGCAGAAGCUUCAGAGUUAUGAUGCAAAGACAAACAGCUUUAUCCAUGCGCACAUUCAGCUCGAGGUAGUGAGUUAUGCCCUUAAGGUGGACAACUUGAUCCUGCACUCUGAGUUCAUGUCACGCCUGCGAACUCUCCCACUAGAGUACACAUACGGAGAGUAUCGGCAGCUGUACAGUGACUACGGCACACACUACAUCACAGAGGCCAAGCUUGGGGGAAUCUUUGACCACACCCUCAUCCUCAACAAAGAAAACAUUGAAAAAUCUAAGUAUUCUCUAAACGAUGCCAAGUCUUGCCUGCAGCAAAGCUUUAAACUUGGAAUCAACAUCAAGGGUGUGCCUGUGUCAGCAGGAUUUGAGGGUGGAUCCUGUGACGGCCUGCUGAAAGAGUUUGGAAGCUCUGAUAACAAGUCUUCUUUUGUGGAGGAUUAUGUGGCCAUGGUCAGAGGAGGAGACAGCGAGACAGUCUCGCGUCUGGCUGCCAAGCAGCACCCCACGUCAGACAUCAUGCAGCUGUGGGGAGAAGCCGUCCAUUAUAACCCUGACUUCAUCAGCACUAAGAUUGCACCGCUGUAUGAACUUGUGACAGGAAAGGAUUUCACCAAUGCCAACAUGCUGAAAAAGAACCUGAAGCGUGCGCUGAUGGAGUUCCAGAGUGAGACCGACUCGUGCCGCUGUGCUCCCUGCCUCAACAAUGGAGUGGCUGUGCUUAAAGGUACUCGGUGUGAAUGUAUCUGUCCUAUUGGCACCAAAGGCCUGAGUUGUGAAGAUACAAAACGAUCAGCAAGACCAGUGGACGGAAACUGGAGCUGCUGGUCCGGAUGGUCAACCUGUACUGGUGGGACCAAAAAACGGACUCGUCAGUGCAACAAUCCGGUGCCGCAAAAUAGUGGAAAUUCCUGUCAGGGGAAACAAGAAGACUCCACUGAUUGCUUUUAAUUAAAAAUUUAAACACAUGUGACAACACUAACUGGAUACACUGAUCAGAAUAUUUAUGUCUUGCACAGUGAUUGACAUUGCUUUUGUGAAAUAAAUCUAUCGCUUAAAAAAAAAA